UAAUACACAACAAACAAACAAACAAAAACAAAGAAAAAAUAUCCAUCAUGACAAGGAAGAAAGUGAAACUUGCUUUCAUUGCCAACGAUUCUUCCAGAAAAGCAACCUUUAAAAAGAGAAAGAAAGGUUUGAUCAAGAAAGUGAACGAGCUUUCAACACUAUGUGGUAUCAACGCAUGUGCCAUCAUCUACAGCCCCUACGACACCAAUCCUGAGGUAUGGCCCUCAAACUCCGGCGUGCAAAGAAUCAUCUCAGACUUCCGGAAGUUGCCAGAGAUGGACCAGAACAAGAAAAUGGUGGAUCAAGAAACCUUUCUCAGACAAAGAAUAGCCAAAGCCUCCGACAAUCUGAAGAAGCAGAGGAAAGACAAUAGGGAGAUGGAGAUGACUGAAGUCAUGUUCCAAUGUUUGGUCGGAAACAUGGGGAUGUUUAAUCUGAAUAUUAUGGAUCUUAAUGAUUUAGGUUAUAUGAUUGAUCAAUAUCUUAAAGAUGUUAGCCGCAGGAUCGAGAUUUUGGGGAGUUCUGGUGGUAUGGAGCUUGGUGAAUCCUCCAACGCUGCUGCAGCUUCUCCUUCUGAAACCGCUGGAACGUUGGCUAUUGUGCCGACAGCAACCGCUGCGAUUCAGCCUCAUCAUCAUCAUCAGCAGCAGCAGCAGUUUCGUCAUCAUGCAGCUCCACAUGUUGGACACUAUGAGCAGCCUCUGAAUCUGAAUCUGAGUCAUAACCAGAAUCAACAACAGUGGUUUACGGAGAUGAUGAUGAACCAUCCUGAGCAAAUGAAUUAUGCAGCUGAGCAAAUGGGCUUCCCGUUCAUGAAUGAUAACCGACACCACCACCAGCAGCAGCAGAUCCCUGGCGAAUCCUCCAGCACUCCGGCAACAAACGUUAGCGCAAGCAGUGCCAAUCCAGUUACCAGUUCGAAUCCUACCAAUAAUAUAUGGUUCCGUUAGGGGGUUUCGAGAAGUGGACGUUCUGCAUUCCGUUUAGACAAAACUAUCUUUCUCCACAAAGUGUUUCCUUUGUUAUUGUUAUCAUUGCAAUUUAUUUUCCUCAUGCUGCCAUUUUUUUUAAUUAUGAUUGUGCUGAUGUCAAAAAAAAAAUAUUAUGAUUGUGGUUUUACAUUUUGAGUUUAUUAUCAUGAUGAUUUGGAUUUUAA